GAUUCAACUCUAUAGAUAGCAUAAUGUCCACAACCAAAGCUUCUAACAAGGAUUUCGAAAGAGACUCCCAGUUCACCAAGGCCUUACACGGUGACUCCUACAAGAAGACCGGAUUGUCGGCCCUCAUGGCCAAGGCCAAGGAUGCUUCCCAAGUGGCCAACGAAGGAUACUUCAAGCACUGGGACGGAGGUGUCACAAAGGACGACGAAGACAAGCGUUUGGAAGACUACUCCCAAUUAACCCACCACUACUACAACUUGGUCACUGACUUCUACGAGUACGGAUGGGGAUCUUCCUUCCACUUCUCCAGAUACUACAAGGGUGAAGCUUUCAGACAAGCCACCGCCAGACACGAGCACUACUUGGCCCACAAGAUGAACUUGUCCGCCAACAUGAAGGUGUUGGACGUCGGAUGUGGUGUUGGUGGUCCAGGUAGAGAAAUCACCAGAUUCACCAACUGUGAAAUUGUCGGUUUGAACAACAACGAUUACCAGAUCGAAAGAGCCAGACACUACGCCAAGCAAUACAAGUUGGACAACAAGUUGUCCUACGUCAAGGGUGACUUCAUGAAGAUGGACUUCGAGCCAGAGUCCUUCGAUGCCGUGUAUGCCAUCGAGGCUACCGUGCACGCUCCAGUGUUGGAAGGUGUCUACUCGGAAAUCUACAAGGUGUUGAAGCCAGGUGGUGUUUUCGGUGUUUACGAGUGGGUCAUGACCGACAAGUAUGACGAAAACAACGAAGAGCACCGUAAGAUUGCCUACGGUAUCGAAGUCGGUGACGGUAUCCCUAAGAUGUACAAGAGAGAGGUUGCCGAGCAAGCCUUGAAGAACGUCGGGUUCAAGAUCGAGUACGAACAAGACUUGGCCGAUGUCGAUGACGAAAUCCCAUGGUACUACCCAUUGAGCGGUGAAAUGAAGCACUGCCAACACUUGUCCGACUACUACACCGUUUUCAGAACCUCGCGCAUCGGUAGAGCCGUCACCAAGGGUGCUGUCACCAUAAUGGAAAAGGUUGGUUUUGCUCCUAAGGGUUCUGCCCAGGUCACCGACGCCUUGGAAGAUGCUGCUGUCAACUUGGUUGAGGGUGGUCGCAAGAAGUUGUUCACCCCAAUGAUGUUGUUUGUGGUCAGAAAGCCUUUGGACGCUAAGUAAGUUACCCAUUCAGUUCUCCUGUAACAUUAAUAAUGCAUAUUCAGUAUAGAUUCAGGCUAUAAGUUCCGUAAGAUUAAUAAUGGAUAUUUAGGAUAGGUUCAUAUCCUGCAAAAUUGGGAAUACAUUUUUAGGAUAGAUUCAUACAAUUUCCUGUACAUAAUGCAUGUUCAGUAUUGAC